GGGCUGGGACUUGGGGAAGGGGACUCCUCAGGGCUGGGGCUAGGAGAGGGAGACUCCUCGGGGCUGGGACUUGGGGAAGGGGACUCCUCAGGGCUGGGGCUAGGAGAGGGAGACUCCUCGGGGCUGGGACUUGGGGAAGGGGACUCCUCAGGGCUGGGGCUAGGAGAGGGAGACUCCUCGGGGCUGGGACUUGGGGAAGGGGACUCCUCAGGGCUGGGGCUAGGAGAGGGAGACUCCUCGGGGCUGGGACUUGGGGAAGGGGACUCCUCAGGGCUGGGGCUAGGAGAGGGAGACUCCUCGGGGCUGGGACUUGGGGAAGGGGACUCCUCAGGGCUGGGGCUAGGAGAGGGAGACUCCUCGGGGCUGGGACUUGGGGAAGGGGACUCCUCAGGGCUGGGGCUAGGAGAGGGAGACUCCUCGGGGCUGGGACUUGGGGAAGGGGACUCCUCAGGGCUGGGGCUAGGAGAGGGAGACUCCUCGGGGCUGGGACUUGGGGAAGGGGACUCCUCAGGGCUGGGGCUAGGAGAGGGAGACUCCUCGGGGCUGGGACUUGGGGAAGGUGACUCCUCGGGG